AACACCCUGGACACCCGGACCUCAGCUUUCAAAGGCCACCGAGUGGUGAGGGCCGUUUAUAUAAACAGGGAUUCCUCCGUAGAGGCGCUGACAUCCCCGAAGCCAGCUCAUGGCGAGCACCUCCUACUUCCACCCUUAGGAGCGGCGUCCCCAGCUUCCCCUGGGUUCCUAGCCUGCCCUGCCCCCCGCUUUCUUCCCCUCCUCGGCCAUGGCCAGCUCUGGACGCCUCGGGUUCACCGUGCGCAGCCUCCUGAAUUUACCCGAGCAGGACGCGCAGCCCCGGGUGAGGAGCGAACCGCAGACGUGCAUUUCUCAAGCCGCCGCCUGGCUGGAGUCGGAGCGCAGCCACUACCCGUCUUCUGAUGAGGGCGGCCUCGAGACAAGCCCCGUCGACCGGUCGCAGCUGGCUUCCCUCGGGCCAGCAUCUCCAGGCUCCGACACGGAGAAGAGGAGGAAGCGGCGGGUGCUGUUCUCCAAGGCCCAGACCUUGGAAUUGGAGCGGCGCUUCCGGCAGCAGCGCUACCUGUCGGCGCCCGAGCGGGAACAGCUGGCUCGGCUCCUGCGCCUCACGCCCACGCAGGUCAAGAUCUGGUUCCAGAACCAUCGCUACAAGCUGAAGCGUGGGCGAGCGCCGGGGGCCACGGAGCCGUCGGACCUGGCAGCACCAGCUGAUCCACCUGCGGCUCCUAGCCUGCUGCACCACGUGGUGGUGCCCGUGCUAGUGCACGACCGGCCGCCGUGCAGCAGCGGCAGGGGUGAGGGGACCGCUGCGGUGGCCCAGGACAAGUGCAGUGCACACCCGGCCACCGCGUGCCCAGUGCCCGGCUAUGCAGCCUUCGGGCCAGGCUCGGCGCUGGGUCUCUUCCCUGCCUACCAGCACUUAGCACCCCCAGCUCUGGUCUCCUGGAACUGGUGAGGCUGCCGAGGGGUGUCUUCAGUCACCCUGGACUUGGGACACUGGUGUUUGGCCUCAGAAAAGCUACAGCUGAGGCCCGAACGUGAGCAGAUUGGCCUCGAGGGAGCUGGUGUCGCUGGCGUGCCUUAACCAGCAGUCGCAAAAACACACACCGCCGGGGACUUUCGCCAAGACUCCCCGGUUGUUCCCCCACCGCGAAGCCCAAAGCUAGAUUUUAUUUCUUGAGCUUUAUUUGUAUAUUUUUUAAAUAGCGAUUUGUA